AUUCAGAGAAAUCGAACCCCCAAAUAUGGAAUUCUGACAGAGUCGCUGCUUAGAUUUGUUUUUUUGUCAUCUCUCUUCCAUCUUUUCUCUUGUAAUCCAACCGGAGUUACGAUUCCCCCUCUCAUCGUAACUCCUCGAAACAAUCUGCUUCCGAUCUCGAUCCCGUUUACGGCUCUGUUUGAUCAGGCGGUUUCAUUUCGCGGCAUUUGCGACUCCAACACAAAAGGGAAGGAGGUAUAGCAGAAUAUUGAUCCGUUUUGGGGUGUUAAAAAAAGUGAGCUUUUUUCUUUAGAUGAAGUGAAAUUUUGAGGGGAUUAUGUGAGUUAUGGUAUCGGCAACUAUUUUGCGGAUGGUAGCACCAUGUUGGAGGCGACCUUCUGUGAAGGGAGAACAUCCAACCAGAAAUGGAGACGCUAAUGGAAGGUGUGAUGGGCUUCUUUGGUAUAAAGAUUCUGGGAAUCAUGUUGCUGGAGAGUUCUCCAUGUCUGUGAUUCAAGCCAAUAAUCUUCUUGAAGAUCAUAGCAAACUCGAGUCUGGACCCGUUAGCAUGUUUGAUUCGGGUCCUCAAGCUACUUUUGUUGGUGUUUAUGAUGGUCACGGAGGUCCAGAAGCAGCCCGGUUUGUCAAUAAACGCCUCUUUGAUAACAUCAGGAAGUUUACGUCGGAAAAUCAUGGAAUGUCUGCAUCUGUUAUAACGAAAGCGUUUUUAGCUACGGAAGAGGAGUUUCUUUCUCUUGUUCGGCGGCAGUGGCAGACGAAACCACAGAUUGCUUCUGUUGGAGCAUGUUGUCUGGUAGGGAUCAUAUGUAGUGGAUUAUUGUACAUUGCAAACGCGGGGGAUUCUCGGGUUGUGCUAGGAAGACUUGAAAAAGCAUAUAAAGUUGUCAAGGCCGUUCAAUUAUCGUCAGAGCACAAUGCAAGUCUUGAAUCUGUGAGAGAGGAGUUACGGUUGUUGCAUCCAAAUGAUCCUCAGAUUGUGGUCUUGAAGCACAAAGUCUGGCGUGUCAAAGGUAUUAUACAGGUCUCACGGUCAAUUGGUGAUGCUUACUUAAAGAAAGCAGAGUUCAACCGGGAGCCGCUAUUGGCAAAGUUCAGGGUGCCUGAGAGUUUUCAGACGCCAAUCCUUAGAGCAGAGCCUGCAAUUACAGUACACAAUAUCCAUCCAGAAGAUCAGUUUCUUAUAUUUGCAUCAGACGGCUUGUGGGAGCACUUGAGCAAUCAGGAAGCUGUUGACAUUGUGAACACUUGCCCGCGUAAUGGAAUUGCGAGGAAGCUCAUAAAAGCAGCUCUAAGAGAGGCAGCAAAGAAGAGAGAGAUGAGAUAUUCGGAUCUAAAAAAGAUCGAUAGAGGAGUGAGGAGACAUUUUCAUGAUGAUAUAACGGUCAUUGUUGUGUUUCUUGAUUCACAUCUUGUCAGUCGCAGUACCUCACGCAGACCUCUCAUCUCCAUCUCAGGCGGUGGUGACUUGGCUGGACCUUCUACCACUUGACUCACUCUCACCACAAUCUAUUUAUAUUCUAUUUAUACAUAUCCACUAUAUAUAAACACAUUGCAGAAACACUUCAAGUUCCUUCUUUUUUCUUUUUAUAUAACAAAAAUCCCCUUUAACUCUGUUUUUUUUUAAGUCAUCCCAAAAAAAAGGAAGAGUUGAAACACCAAUGUAUAGGUCUUUUGGCAAACUGAGUUUAUUAUGAUAAAGAGAUAUCAGUUGUUGAAAAGA